AUGGCUGCAGCUGCAACUAAUACUCCUACACGUGGUCAUUUACUUCACGUGGGCUUUAUGGUACCAUUAAAUGAAUUAAUGUUUGAAAAUGAAGUAUUAGAACGUGAACUUGGCCGUCUAAAUUUACGCUUCAACACUUAUUCAGCUGUUCUUUUCUAUAAAACUUCGGAUCAAGGCAGUCUACAUGGCUGGUUUGAACAACGAAAACGUUCAAGUCUUACAUCGAAGGCUCCUAUUGAAUUGAAAAAAGAUAUUUCCCGAGGAUUAUUUGGCGAACGCAAACCAUUUGUUGAGCGUAUUCAAGUACCAUGUUUUCCUUAUAAAUGUGAUGCUAAUGCGGGCUUCAUUGAAUGUGAAGCCUUUGCAACUUUCAAAGAGGAAUAUAGAAACAAACGAGAAACGUUACAAUCACAACAAGCGGAACAGCCUGGUGUAUUAUAG